GUUAUCAGAGUUUAUUUUGUCGUAAAAUCAAAACAAUCUACUUUCAUUCGCCAACAGAGAUGUCGAGAUUUAGCAGCGCACUGCAACUUACAGAUUUGGACGAUUUCAUCACUCCAUCACAGGAAUGUAUUAAACCGGUAAAAAUUGAAACGACCAAGAGCAAAACUGGUGCAAAGAUAACAAUCCAAGACGAUGGAUCAUAUGUUCAGGAAUCAUCGAGUGGAAUACAAAAGCUGGAAAAGGUGGAAAUCACCUUGGCUGACUGCUUGGCCUGUUCGGGAUGUAUCACCUCAGCCGAGGGCGUUCUGAUUUCGCAACAAAGCCAGGAGGAACUGCUGCGCGUGAUGAAUGCGAAUAAUCUUGCCAAGCUGAACAACCAGCGAGAUGAAAUCAAGUUCGUUGUCUUUACUGUUUCGCAACAACCAAUUCUGUCGCUCGCAAGAAAGUAUAAUCUAAACCCAGAAGACACGUUCGAGCAUAUCGCGGGUUAUUUCAAGAAGUUAGGAGCGGACAUGGUUGUAGAUACGAAAAUAGCGGAUGAUUUGGCACUUAUUGAAAGCCGUAAUGAGUUUAUCGAGCGGUACAACACCAACCGGAAGACGCUCCCCAUGCUGGCCUCAUCCUGUCCGGGGUGGGUCUGCUACGCCGAAAAGACCCAUGGCAAUUUCAUUCUUCCGUACAUCUCAACCACUCGAUCACCACAACAAAUAAUGGGAAUGUUGAUUAAAAAGUAUCUCGGUCAAAAAACGGGAACGGCCAGCGAUCGGAUCUACCAUGUGACCGUAAUGCCUUGCUACGACAAAAAGUUGGAAGCUUCGCGGGAGGAUUUCUUCAGCGAAGUGGAAAAUAGUCGCGACGUGGAUUGCGUUAUAACGUCUAUUGAAAUCGAACAAAUGCUUGACAGUCUCGGCCUUCAAACACUCCAGCUGGUGGACAAAUCUCCCAUCGACUGGCCAUGGCCAACCGCCCGACCGGCCACCUUCGUGUGGGGCCACGAAACGUCCGGUUCCGGGGGAUACAGUGAGCACAUCUUCAAGUACGCCGCUCGGAAGCUGUUCAACAUUCAUCUGGAUGCGGUACAGUUUAAACCCUUGCGCAACAACGACAUGCGGGAAGCGGUGCUGGAGCAUAAUGGCGAGGUGCUGCUCCGGUUUGCCGUUGCCAACGGGUUCCGAAACAUUCAGAACAUGGUACAGAAGCUGAAGCGCGGGAAAAGCACCUACGAUUAUGUGGAGAUAAUGGCCUGUCCUUCCGGCUGCCUGAACGGUGGUGCACAAAUUCGCCCAGAGGAGGGAAAAAACGCACGCGAACUUACGGCCGAGCUGGAGUUCAUGUACCGUUCGUUGCCACAGUCCAAUCCGGAGAACGAGAGCGUCGAGAAUCUGUAUACUACCUUCUUCGACAACGAUGGGGACUUGAACAAGCGCAAGACUUUGCUACACACCAGCUAUCAUCAGAUUGAAAAAAUCAACACAGCAUUGAACAUUAAAUGGUAGGGAAGCACAAGACGCGAUCGAGCGACGCUUAUGUAUGUUGUUAUUAUCGUAUGGUAAAGGACACCGAAGUUCCGUGGGAAGAAGGUGUAAAAAAAAGACGAAUAAACAAAACAACCGCCUCCGUUAGCGGUCCCAAGUAGCUAGACUACGAAGAAAG